AACUUACAUUUAUUCGAUUCAUGCGUCUUAAAAUUUGACCAACUUCGUGUUAAUUACCCAACAUUCAAAUCAUAUAAUUCAACAUCUCAGAUUGAUUAUGUUUGGAUCUCCACGGAAGCGGCUCUACAUCUUUUAGACUGUAAAACUAUUGAGGUCUCCUCACAAUUAUCAGAUCACAUGAUUGUCUUAAUAAGAUUAGAAAAUUUUCUGGACAUCAAAAACAAUAAUAGGAAUAUUCCAAUGAAAACGGUCUUCGAUUACAACAAGAUGACUGAUGAUAGAUGGACUCAAUUUA